AUGAAUUCCGACAUUGCUCUUUGGACCAAACAGUGUCUCGCAUGCCAGACGAACAAGGUUCAUCGACACACUAUCUCCCCUCCAAGUACCUUUGCGGUCCCGGAUGUUCGAUUUAAUCAUGUUCACUUGGAGUUAAUCGGACCGUUACCCCCUUCACGUGGGUACACACAUAUACUGACGGGCGUUGACCGUUUCACACGAUGGCCGAUUGCCGUUCCUAUCUCGGAUAUCUCGGCAGAAAAUAUCGCCAUGGAUUUUCUGACCCACUGGAUCUCAACUUUUGGUGUGCCAGCCACCCUUACCACCGACCGCGGAAGUCGAUUGCAAUCUAGCCUCUUCCGUGAGUUCACUAGACUGCUCGGGUGCGCGCACAUCACAACCACGGCAUACCAUCCUGCCUCCAACGGCCUCGUUGAGCGUCUACACCGCCAAAUCAAGUCCACACUGAUGUCCCAAACAGAGUCAGCUACUUGGAGUGUCAAUCUCCCUCUUGUGCUUUUGGGCAUCCGAUCUUCUGUCAAGGAGGACAUCCAAUGCACUGCCGCCGAACUUGUGUACGGUACACCCCUCCUUCUGCCCGGCGAAUUUGUGCAGCCUUCCACAACAAACACUAACAUCACGAGCACCUUCGUACAGCAGUUGAAACAACGCAUGGCUCAAGUGCGUCCAACACCCAAUCGUCUGACCUCGAAACACGUGUUUGUACACGAGGACCUUAAAUCCGCUCCCUUUGUUUUCGUCCGGCAUGACGCAGUGCGCAAGCCCAUUUGUUCUCCCUACGAUGACCCAUAUAAAGUCGUUCAGCGGAAUGACAAGUUUUACGUCCUUCAAAAGGCUGAUAGGACUGACACGGUCUCCAUUGACCGCCUUAAGCCAGCCUAUUUGGAGUGCCUCCCGUCGACCAGUGCGCCAUCCAUUCCCCCUACUACGUCCUCUCCCGAUACACCCACUCCGCUCACCUACCCUCCAUCACCACACUUGACCAUUCUACCCACCCAACCGAAUCCUCCUCCUACACCACUGCCUAUUUCAUCUGGCUGCGGUAGACAUAUCCGUUUUCCCGCCAGACUUAAAGACUUUGUAGUGUAA